AUGCAAUUACAUUUCAAAUUUUACGAAACAAUUCGCCACACUUUCCAACACCAACCUGAAGGACCAGCGGACUGUUUUUUAGUCACUGGUAAUAACAACCGACAGAAAGCCACAGUUGAGCACACUGUGCAUAACUAUGGCAAGGACUGGGAGCUGGUGAGCACAGCACUACAAAUGAUAUCUAGGACGUUCUUGAGGGAUGAAAAUCUUCAGGAUCUAUCAAGACAAAGUUGCUCACUUCAAUAUAAUUACUUGAUUGCCUCAACAAGACAAAAAUAUCCUAAUGAAUUGGAUGAAGCCAAGCUUCUCAAGCUAGCGAUGGACUACUACACGACACAAAGGCGCGAGAAACUACAUGCGGCUCGGCUGGAGCUAUUGAAACGAAUCAAAAUUGCGGAGGAUGAUUCCGAAAAACUUCGGGAGGGCCGUUAUUCGGAGAUUCCCGUGUCGCGUUUAACCAUCUACCGCAAACGUUGCAGAGCUUUUGGAAUCACUGAUGUGAUUGGGCAGAAGUUGGGUUUGGAACCCCUCUCACCGGGUACAGAAGCAGAGAACCAGGCAAUUAGGGACAGCCUGGCUGUACCCGAGUUAUUCAAUGCUGGAAUUGGAGAGGAAGUGACGGAUACUCAUGGGGGCACAUGGUAUCCGCUGCGGGCCGGCAUUCGCGAAGUCUUUUCCGAAACGGAAAAACGAACCAUGAAUGCUUCUAUGAGUGAAUUCCUUCGUGCACAAGCUAUCCUCUCACGUCAGAUCGGGACGGAAGUUCCGGACGAUGAAGCGUCCAGUAUAGAUACAUCAUCCUCUGUGAAAACCCACCCGGACGUUCACGAGAUUCAGCCAACUCUCCACUCCAGCGAGACCCCGCUGUGUCGUUGCACCCGUUCCCGAAGGCUUUCAAAGGACAGUCUGCAAGGCAUCGGUUCUGAUCCUGCCGCAUCUCCGAAUUUGCAAACCGAUCCACUAAGCCCAUCUGGGUCAGCCGUGAUCAGUGGCACCGACAAUGUUGCCUCACCACCGGUCACUCAGAGUUUGAACUCCAGUCCUGGUGUAAGUGGCGUUGAAGUAGGUUCUCCGGCAAGUGGUCGAAAAUCGCUUCGCAAAGGGGCUCGUAGGGAGCCCAAGUCUGGAUCGGUGUCAGUGCAAAGAGUCCAGAUAGCUGAUUCAGAGCCUGCUCUUAGUCCUUUGGCGUCCGACUGCGGUCAGCUGGACGAGCUUCCUACUGCAGCUACCUCAGCCCUCACUCUUGCUCGCCGUUGGCGUCGAAGUCUGCUGUCUGCGUUCUUCACCAUUUGCAGUCACCGCCAUGCAUAUGUGUUCAUGCAGCCGGUCACGGAGGACAUUGCUCCAGGUUAUGGCUCUGUUGUCUACGAACCGGUGGAUCUGACUUCCAUACGUCGCCGGAUCGAAUCGACGCUAAGCAGCCUGAACAGCUCACAACCAUCAAGCAGCCCAACACAAAUCCUCAUCGAUGCGGCGACCAGGUUUAUUCGAGAUCUGAUGCUGAUGUUUGUGAAUGCCCGAAUGUAUAAUAGCCAGAAUCACGAAGUUCACCAAAUGGCCGGUGAUAUGUUCAAUGAUACAAUGGUUGAGCUUCAGCCCCUCUGGUCCGUUCUUGUGGAGGAUAUACCCGACUUCCCAUCUCUACCGGAGCCAACAAAGCCAGCAGUGAGUCAAAGCACUACAGGCCGUGCAUCUCUUCGGAAGUCUGUAACCAAAGCUACAAUGGGAUCUAUGCCAUCCCCAUCGACUUCUCAGAAUCCUCCACGUACUCCUGAUCCAGUAGUGACAAAGACACCCUCUUCUACCCGUCCAAACAAGCGGUUCCAUCCAGAGACUCCCUCUCCUACGUCGCCCCUUCGAAAACGCCACCAGUCAUCCGGAAGUGAUGCCUCCGGAGCCCUCGAUCUCAUGACUUUGCGACUCAAAGCUCUGACUUCAAUUGAUGUAACGAAAGACGAACGUGAUGGCAAAGUUCGUGAUGUCUGCCGCAACGCCAUCUGGAGUCUGUCAUCAUGCAAACCUGGCCAUGGGAUUGAUCAGUUGUUAGAUGAAUCAACAGAUACCUUUUGGCAAUCAGACGGUCCACAACCACAUUGCGUAAACAUACAGUUUCCGCAAAAAACCACUCUCACUCGUCUGUGCCUCUACACAGACUACAAAGCAGACGAAAGCUACACACCUAGCAGAUUGGCUGUCCGUAUAGGCAACACUGUCCACGACUUAAUUGAGCUCGUCGAAAUUGAACUGCAAGAACCCACGGGCUGGUCGGUUCUACCGCUCACCUGGCCGGACGGGUCACCGGUUCGGACGUUCUUGUUGCAGAUUGCCGUGUUAACCAAUCACCAGAAUGGAAGAGAUACACAUCUCCGCGCCAUUCGCCUACAUAGUCCGAUUCAACACCGAGGCGUUGAUGUAUUAUGUCCAUUUGAAGGUCAAGAAUCACGAAUGUUUUCUAUCCGAUAGUGACGUGUUGUUUCGCUCGAAACUGCCGAUUACUUCCUGUACAUAACUGUAUAUAAAAGUUGAUUUUUUACUGUUUCAGUGAUGAUCGCGGUGUCAAGACUUUGGCUGUUUCGUUAGUGCUGUUCUUUCUUCAAAUACAAAUUGAAUAUGAUGACCAAGUUUCAUAGGUUUUGGCUGUUGUUGUAUUCCUUAGUUGCCAUAUGUGUAGCGUAAUUCUCUGAAUUUCGUUGUGGUG